GUUUAAAUCUACUAUUCGUUAAAUCGUCUCUCUCUCAUCUCCAAUCGCAUCAUCUUCCCCGUCUUUCUCCUCCGAUCUGUCGUGGAAUUCCCCCAAUUUUCUCACCAACUGAUUACAAUUUGCCAAUUCCGAGCUCUUUUUGAGCUUUGAGCUGACUGCGUCGCGCAUUUGGAGCUAUAGGUACCGGUGGAAGUGAUAUUGAUGGAGUAAUGCGGUGAUCUAGGGUUUGGAGAAGGGACAAAAGAAAUGGCGGGAGCAAGUGCGGAAAAAUUCGAGGAGUAUUUCCAGAAGGCAGAUGCGGAUCGCGACGGCCGGAUCAGUGGAGCUGAGGCGGUGGCGUUUCUGCAAGGAUCCAAUUUGCCAAGACAAGUUCUUGCGCAGAUAUGGACAAUCGCUGACCAAAAUCGCACUGGCUUUCUCAGUCGUCCUGAGUUUUAUAAUGCUCUUAAGCUUGUGACAGUGGCUCAAAGCAAGCGAGAGUUGACGAAAGAUAUUGUUAAUGCAGCCUUAUAUACUCCAGCUUCUGGAAAAAUCCCACCUCCCCAAAUAAAUGUACCUGCUACACCUGGACCACAGCCAAGCCCAGUGGCUGCUUCACCAUUGACACUGGUGGGGUCGACUCCGCAGCCAUCUUCUCAAAAUCUUGGAUUCAGAGGGCCAGCUCCUCCUAGUUCCAGCUUUAACCAGCAACCAGGAACAGUUCUGUCAACUUCGGGCAUGACCCAACAACUUAGACCAAUGCCUUCUACUACUGGCAUGAACCAGCAGUUUGGGAUGGUACCUUCAAGUUUGGGAGUGAACCAGCAGCUUUUACAGGGACAGUCUGCCAGUCCAAUAAACCAGCAGUUUGGGCAGGCCCCACCCACAAACACAAGUAUGAACCGGCCAUUUGGGCAGCUGCAACCUUCUAGUACUGGAAUGAACCAGCAGUAUGGCCAGGUACCCCCAAAUACAAACCCACAAAUUUUCCACUCUCACAGUAACCUGAUGAGACCGCCUCUAUCCAUGGCUACUGGUCCUGCUUCGUCUCAACCUCAGGCUUCCGGUGGUCUAAAUGUUUCUGGAGGCAUGACUGGCGUAGGUCUUCUGAACACAAAUAAUGGUUGGUCGGUUGGGUCUGCUUCUGGUGUACCUGCUACACAAGUCUUGGAUAGAGGAGUUAAUCCAUCCAUAUCAGCAGUUGGUCCAAAUUCCCAACACCCUCUUUCAUCUUUUUCAGGUGCCAAAGAUCCUCAAGCAUUGGCUAGUUCAGGUAUUGGGCCUAAUUCGUCUGCCAUGUUUGCUGGUGAUCUGUUCUCUGCAAAUCAGUCUUCAUCCCAAAAAGUUUCUUCUGCUCUACAACAACCUAUAAGUAGCCUGCCUACAUCUUCUGCCGCUCUCCCUGUUAGUUCGAGUGUCCAGCCUUCGGCUAAGCCUGAUCCUUUUGAAGCUUUACAGAGCACUAUCAGAAAACCAUCUGCUGCAGUUCCAGCUGCACAGACACAGUAUGUCCCCAAGUCUAAUCAGCAGGUUCCAACCCAAAUUACUUCCUCAGGCUUGACACCUGGACUUCAAACAGGUAUGGAGAAUGCAACAUCAGGGACCUCACAGAUUUCAUGGCCAAAAAUGACACGAGCUAGCAUUCAAAAGUAUGCAAAAGUUUUUAUGGAACAAGACACCGACAGAGAUGGGAAAAUUACGGGUGAUCAGGCGCGUAAUCUAUUCUUGAGUUGGAGACUGCCAAGAGAGGUCUUAAAGCAGAUUUGGGAUCUAUCAGAUCAAGACAGUGAUAGCAUGCUCUCUUUGAGGGAGUUCUGCAUUGCCCUCUAUUGGAUGGAGCGGUACAGGGAAGGAAACCCUCUUCCAUCUGUGAUCCCAAACAGUGUCAUGUUGGACGAAACUUUAGUAACUUUGGUAGGUCCACCUACAGCUUAUGGGGGCAUGGCAUGGAGUCCUGCUUCAGGAUUAAGACAACAACAGGGUAUACCUGGUUCUCAACCAGUUUCGCAUGCUGGUUCAAGACCACCAAUGCAGCCAGUAGUUUCUCAGGCUGAUGGAUCAAUGCAAUUCAAUCAGAAUUCUGGAGGGCGUACAUUAGAUAACUCACAUGGAAAUCAACACAGUAAUGGGCUGGUCAAUUCUUUGGAUGUUGGGGGCCAGGAAGCAGCAGAAGCUACUGGAAAGGUUGACAACAAGGACAAUGUGCUUUUGGAUUCCAGAGAGAAGCUUGAAUACUAUCGGACAAAAAUGCAAGACCUUGUUUUGUAUAAAAGUAGAUGUGAUAAUCGACUUAAUGAAAUCACAGAAAGAGCUAGAGCAGACAAGAGCGAGGCUGAGUUGCUGGAGAAGAAAUAUCAAGAAAAAUAUAAACAAGUUGCAGAAAUCCAUUCAAAGUUAACUAUUGAAGAGGCUUCCUUUCGUGAUAUUCAGGAGCGGAAGAUGGAGUUACAACAAGCAAUCACAAAAAUGGAACAAGGUGGAAGUGCUGAUGGUAUUCUUCAGGUGCGUGCUGAUCGUAUACAAUCCGAUCUUGAGGAACUAUUGAAGGCAUUGGCUGAACGUUGCAAGAAACAUUCUAUAGAAGUUAACUCUGCAGCAAUAAUUGAGCUUCCCCAAGGUUGGCAACCUGGUGUCCCAGAGAUAGCAGCGGUAUGGGAUGAAGAUUGGGACAAGUUUGAUGAUGAAGGAUUUUCUUUUGACGUUUCCCUUCCUGAAAAUGGCAAGUCAGCAUCUUUGGAGAGAGAAAAUUCUUCUCCAACCCAUAGUUAUGCCCCUGACUCACCAUCAAAUGCAUCCGAGCCUGAGAAACCCUUUGUUGCCGUGGCUAGUGCCUUUGAUGAAGAAUCAGUUUUUGGUGCAGAUGAGUCAAAGAGUCCACAUGGAAGUCCAGAGAGGCCAACACCAUAUGAAAGUCCGUCUAAUGAAUACUCGGAUGGACAUUUCAGAAAAAGCUCUGAUGGAGAUACUGAAACCCACAGAGGCUUUAAUGAACCUUCUUGGGGUGAUUUUGAUAACAAUGAUGAUAUUGAUUCAGUGUGGGGCUUCAAUACUAAGGACCCAGAUGGUGCAAAGAACGGCGAAAAAUAUUUCUUCGGUUCUAAUGAUUUUGGUGCAAGUCCUGAAAGAAGCAGCUCUCCCCGCGCAGAAAGUGCCUUCCCAAAGAGUAACCUGUUCUUUGAGGAUUCUGUUCCCAGCACCCCACUUACGAGGGCUGGAGAUUCUCCGAGGUACGGCAAUGAUUCAAGAGACCCGUUUGAGAGUUUCUCAAGAUAUGAUUCAUUCAGCCCACAUGAUAAUGCAUCAUCACCCCGUGGAGAGACCCAUACUAGGUUUGACUCCAUGAGCAGCUCGAGGGGCUUUGACCACGGCAGCAAUUAUUCAUUUGAUGACUCUGACCCCUUCGGUUCUAGUGGUCCGUUCAAGGUUUCUUAAGAUACCAGCAAAGAAAUUAUAGACGAUCCGGGGACGUAUACUCGCGAAAUUACACGAACAGCAGCAACAUUGAGAUUUUACCAGCGUUUGAUCACUGCAGAAAUCAGCAAUGUUUUGUAUAAUUGUAUUGAUCCGUAAUGAAGAUAGAGUAGGACGAAGUAUUGCGUCGGCACCAGUGCGUUCUGCUUCGUGUGUACGUCUGGAAGAUUAUUACGAGACGCAGGGAGGAUGCAGGCAUUUGAAGAGUCUUUCGGUGAAUUUUGUCAUCUCCCUUUUCUGCUGAAGACUAGAGCUGCUUUGUAUUCUAUUCAUCAUUUUUCCCCCAAGAUUCGUUUCCUUCUAUUCUGUUUUGGGAUUCUUAUUUCUCUUUUCAUUUCUUAAUUCCCUUUGUGUUAUUUUUUAGGGUUUGAGAUGUGUGUGAAUGUACAAGAAAUUAUCCAUUAGUAUGUUGUAAUUUACAGACAACACACUUUGUAUUCCUUUGUAAUCUAUAUUUUGAUUUACUGAA